UGGAGCGGUUCCGGGGGAGCGCGCGCGGCCAUGGAGCGGUUCGGGCGCGAGUACGCGCGGCUGUGCGCGGCGGCGGGCGCGGCCCCGCAGGAGGCCGUGCUGCGGCGCCUGCGGGAGCCCGGCGGGCCGCGGGGCCGCCUGGACCUGGCGGCGCAGAGCCUCUCGCUGCCCACCUGCAGCGCGCUGGGCCGGCUGCUGCCCGGGGCUGCGCCCUUCGCCGCGCUGGCGCUCGGCGACUGCGGCCUGAGCGAGGAAGGUGUAAAACUUUUGUUGCAUGGUCUUUGUACCAACACCACAGUCAAAUCAUUGGAUCUGAAGGGAAAUAACCUGCGAACCACGGGAGCUGAGGCUUUGGGAAAACUUCUUAGGCAGAACAAAUCCAUCAGGAGCCUGACCUUAGAAUGGAACAGCCUCGGCAUGUGGGAGGAGGGCUUCUCUUUUUUCUGCCAAGGACUGAGAGCAAACAACUUUCUUCAGCGUCUGGAUCUGCGCAAUAACCAGAUUAACCAUCAAGGGGCUGGAGAGCUGGCCAUGGCACUGACACAAAAUACCAGCCUUCAGGAGCUGGAUUUGCGAUGGAAUAACAUUGGGCUUCUGGGUGGCCGAGCUUUGCUGAACUGCUUGCAUAGCAACAAGACCCUGAAGAGACUGGAGCUGGCAGGGAACAAUGUUCCUGGUGACAUCCUGAAAGCUGUGGAACAAGCCUUGGAUCACAACCAGGACCGUGAGGCUAUCCUGAGUGAGGCCCAGAACCAAGUGAACAUCCUCAGCAAGGAGGUUUUGAGUCUGAAGGAUGAGAAGAACAAGCAGUUCAUGGAUUUUCUGGAUACUGUAGACAAGCAGAAAGAAGAAAGAGCCAGGAGUGAGAAAAUGUCUGCAGCACGAGUCAGCCAGCUGCAGGAAGCAUUGGAUGAGCAGUACUCCAUUAUGAAUUCACUGAAAACCAAGCUGCAGAUGACUGAAGCUGCCCUGGCUCUGUCUGAGCAGAAGGUGCACACGUUGGGAGAGCUGCUGAAUGCCAUGAAACAGGAACAAAACUCUGUGGCUGAGGGCCACUUCAGGGAGCUCCAGCAACAAAAGCAGGAAGGUGCUGAUCGGGAAGGCAGGCUUUUGCAUGACUUGUCUGCUGCCAGUGAGAAAAAUCUGCUGCUGAGAAAUCAGGUGGAUGAGUUGGAGAGGAAAUGCAAAGUUCAUCAGGAUCAGCUGUUCCAGGUGAAACAAGACUUGACCAACACAACAGCAGAGCUGAAGCUGCGGGCUGUGGAGGCUGAAGAACGUCUGGAAAUGGAGAAAAGAAGAUUUAAACAAAGCCUUGAAGACAUGGAAUCCCUUCGGGUAAAAGAGGUGGAUCGUAUGGCACAGCAGAUGGAGGCCAGUGAGCGUUCCAUGCACGACAGGAUCCAGAGGCUGGAGGCCAUCAGGAUAUCUCUGGACGAGGAGCUGAGCCAAGUCAAAGCAGCUGCACUAACUGAGCGAGGACGGGCAGAGGAGGAGUUAAUAAAAGCACGGAGUCAGGCACGCCUGGAGGAGCAGCAACGACUAGAACACCUAGAAGAGAAGCUGCGGCUGAUGACUGAGUCAAGGGAUGAAGCUCAGAACUGCUGCCUUAAGCAAAAGGAAAUGGUUGCUGAGGCCCAGGCCAAAGCCAAACAGUUGGGCCUGUAUGCUGAUGGACUCAAGAGGAGGCUGGAUGAACUUCAGCAGGACCUGGACAGGAAGGAAGAGGAGAAAGUGACAGAGCUAAAUAAGAUGAAAGUGGAAUUACAGGAGCAGAUUGGGCACCUGGAGGCUGAACGCACAGCCCAGGAUGGGCUGAGAGAGAAGAUUGCAGCUCUGGAAAGACAGCUGAAAGCCCUAUCCAGUAAUCACCGUGAAGCACUGCUGGACAAAGAGGGUGAGAUCUCUCUGCUGCUGGAGAAGCUGAGAAUGAAGGAGGCUGAGAUCUCCAGGAUGAGGGAAGAGGAGGCCCAGCGAGCAAGUUUCUUGCAGAAUGCCAUCAUGGCAUAUGUGCAGGGAUCUCCCUUGGGAGCCCACAGUUCUAGGAAAGCUGUAGGGAAGACCUGCUUGCUGAUCAGUUACACCACAAAUGCCUUUCCUGGAGAAUACAUUCCCACCGUGUUUGAUAAUUAUUCUGCCAAUGUGAUGGUAGAUGGAAAGCCAGUGAACCUGGGCCUCUGGGACACAGCAGGGCAAGAAGACUAUGACCGACUGCGGCCUCUUUCCUAUCCACAGACGGAUGUUUUCUUGAUCUGCUUCUCCCUUGUGAGUCCAGCCUCCUUUGAGAAUGUCCGAGCUAAGUGGUACCCUGAGGUCCGACACCAUUGCCCAAAUACACCUAUUAUCCUGGUGGGCACCAAGCUGGACUUGAGGGAUGAUAAGGACACCAUUGAAAGGUUACGUGAUAAGAAACUGGCCCCCAUCACCUAUCCCCAAGGCUUGGCCAUGGCUCGGGAGAUCGGGUCAGUAAAGUACCUCGAAUGCUCUGCCCUGACGCAGCGGGGCUUGAAGACGGUGUUUGAUGAAGCCAUCCGGGCUGUGCUCUGCCCACCGCCUGUGAAGAAGCCUGGCAAAAAGUGUACCAUGUUUUGAGGGCUGUGGCCUUGGUGUUGGCUCAGCAUGCUGUCGUCCUCUGACAGAUUGCAUAUUAAGCUGGGUGUUUCUGAAGGGGGCUGGGAUGUGUAGGGCCCUUCAUCAUGUACGAAGUCAGUGUUUUUUAAAUGUCUCUUUGAUUUAACGUCAGUGUUGAUGUGAAGGGGCAGUGGGGACAGGAGACCAGCUGGGGACUAUACAGCCCCCAGGGGAGGUACAGCGGGGAAGGCAAGGUAGCUCCUUCAGGCAACAAGCUGUUUUGGCUCUCCUGAACUCCAAGUGGAAAGGGCUGAGACAUCCAUCCUGUUCUGGAAACACCUGUUUUCAACCUGAAGGUGAAACAGGUGGUGAACAUCCUGGUGGAGUGGGGAGGGAGCUGAUUUCAAUGGUGCUGAAAGACAAGAACAGCUGGGAGGAUGGUAGGGUCUCCUUGCCCAGCCUGCUGUGGCUAACAGUUAACAAACUGGUGCUCUAGCAGAAUGUUCCUGAGACUGUUAAAGAAAUCAUAACCAGCCCUGGAAGGGGUCAAAGUAAAUGAGAAGCUGGAAAACAAAUCAUUAGGUGCUUUAUUGGGUACUAGCCAAACUCUGUGAGUGAAACAGCUCUGUGCAAUCAAUGCAUUUGCCUUUUUGUGUGUGCACACCCUAGGACAGCAUGGUGCUGCUCCCCCCCAUUAGUCUUUAGCAGGGCCUCCCCCCAAAAUCCAGUCUCUGCAGAGCAGGGCUGGGGUUGUUGCCUCUAUUUUAUUUUUUUUUUCUACUAAAGACAACAAAGGAAGCAGUGAGGAGUCUGCUAACUUCUUUCCCUUCCCACUGAAAAUGCAGACAGACUCUGUGGAUUUGGAUGGAACAGGGAGAGCUUCUGAAGGGUUGUGGGGGGGGGAACAGGGUUGGAAGAGAGGUCCAAUUUCUAAUCAUCAUGUAGAGUGACAAGAUAAAACCUUAUUUGGUGCAAUAAACAUUCUCCAUGAA